AUGGCGACUGCCAACCACCGUGUAGCCUCUGCCACGCCUGCCCCGCUCGCCUCCGUCCCGACUACGAACGGCGCCUCUGCCCAUGCACAUGCCCAAGCGCAUGACGAUCCGUCCCUCGCCAAUGGCCACCACCACCAUCAUCACCAUGUGUCCGCGCAAGAUCCUCGACCUGCGCCUACGCCGACGCCCGCCAUGUCUGCCAACGCUGCCGCCAAGAAAGGAAAGGGGAAGAAGGUAGUCGACUCCAACGAAGCUUCCAAACUUGUUGCCGCAAGGAUAAACCAGCUCGAAGUCGAUACGAUGGCUGAGAGGGAACAGGAGGCUGAAAUUGAGCGAGAAGUCCGCAAGGCAAACCGGGAGCUAAAUCACCAAAUGAACAAGAUGAACGACAUGGACAAGAUUGACCUUCUUACCAAGCGGUCCUCGGAACUAUUUGCCAACAUGAAACGACUCGAGCGCGAAAAUAUGAAGAACAAGAAACGGGCCGAUCAACUUCAAAAGGAAAAGGACUCGAGUCGCACCGAUCUGAGCAAACAAAUAGGCCUUAAGGAGAAACUCGAGAAGCUCUGUCGCGAACUGCAGAAGGAAAACAACAAGCUCAAGAAUGAGCAUCGGGCGCUGAACGAUACUCAUGAUCGGCUGAAGACUUCCUCGGAUGAGCGCUUCAAAAAGGUUCUCGAAACUCUGGAGGGCUACCAGGAGGAGAAGGACAAUCCGCGGAAGCAGGUAGUCUACAUGAAGGCCGAGGAAUUAUUCAAGGCCCGCUUCAAGUCUCUCAUCGAUCAGUACGAACUUCGCGAGCUCCACUUCCACUCCGCAAUGCGCACCAAGGAGAUCGAGGUCCAGUGGAACAUGGCCCGAUACGAACAACAGAAGAAGACGGCAGAUUCCGAGUCUAGUCGUGCGCGCCAGCUUAAUAGUCAGGUGCUCACGUUCACAAAGACGGAAACGGAAUUGCGGAAUCAACUCAAUGUCUAUGUCGAGAAGUUCAAGCAGGUCGAGGACACACUCAACAAUAGUAACGACCUGUUUUUGACCUUUCGCAAGGAGAUGGAGGACAUGUCCAAGAAGACCAAGAAACUCGAGAAGGAGAACGAGGCGUACAAGCGCAAGGAGGGUGCGCUAAACCAGAACAUCGUCAAGAUGGCAGAAGACCGCAACAAGCAUGUCAAAGACCUCGAUGACGUGAGGAAGAAGAACGACAAGCUCACGAGCAUCAUAAACCAGAUGCAACAACAGGGCCGCGGCAUACCGCAAGGGAUGCAAGGCUCGGUUGAGAACUGCUACGCCGAGGGCCAACAAGGGGACGGAGGCGAGUUGGAAGACGACGAAGAAGGCAGCGAAUACGAGUACGACGACGAGGGUGAUGAAGAAGUCAGCGAGGACGAGGGUUUCGAUGAUGAUACGGAGGAGGAACUGAUGCCGGUUCCCGGCGCGUUCGGUCCGGAGCGACCCCCACCGCCUGCUAUUAAUGGUCAUCGCUAG